AUGGGGUGGCAAGCAUGGUCUACGGCAAUAACGUCCAUGUUGACGUUUCUUCUCCAAAUCGCCAAUACUACAGUCGAUCGCUGUCAGCAAUGGAGAAAGAAACAAGCGGAAGGAGCCAAGACGGUGAGAGACUCUCCGGAGAAGCAAAACAAGCGGCUUCUGCUUUCGUUGUUUGAUUUUGUGUUCCCCUCCGACAUCUACAAAGACUCUACUGGCAACGUCUGGAGAACUUGGGUGGCAGCGGAGUACACUGCACUCAAGAACGCGUUGGCCGAAGCAUAUGCUGAGUGGAGACAGUCUGAGAAGUCUUUGUCCCGGAUCAAGGAUUUGGAAGACCUGGCGAAGAAGUAUCAACGAAGCUCGAGCACUGAGUCGGCCACCUUGAGGAAGGAGCUCGCCUCGGUCAAGGGUGAGUCUCGGUCUCUGCGAGACAAACAUAAGUCCCUGCAAGACGAGAACGUGUUUCUCAAGGACUUGGUCCCGAAUUUGGUCGAUACUUAG